AGGGGGCGCGAGCGAGCGGUCGCGUGAUUUUUUGGGGAUUUUCUGAAGUCUGACUGUCUUCUGUUUUGCUAAACUGAGUUCUCGGGAUUAACAUGAUGAUGGUCGGUAAAGGAGGGAGAAUACGGUGGCGACCUCUUCGUUGUUUAAACUAGUCUUGCGUUUUCUCAACAACGGGCAAAUCUGAAAAAGGAGAGGAUAAGGUGAUAUGCCAUGUGAAUGACUGAGAACCACUAUGAAGCCCUCACACAAGCUGCUGUUCGUCCUGUGCCCCAUGAUGGUCCUGGGCUUCAUCUACUACUCCUCUGGGAAGCUACACCUGCACGUAUGGGGUCAGAAGCCACAGUUGGAAGCGGACAUUGCUCUCACCAUGGGAGGAAUAGUAGGCUCAGUGUAUGAUAAGGAGGGCUUUCUGCUGAAGCUGGAUGGACAAUUGCCAGCGGAGUUGGCGUACAAGUAUAGCAACCUCAGCGAAGGAGUUUGCAAGCCGGGCUACGCAGCUGCCAAGAUGACCACCAUCUAUCCAAAGUUCAUGAAGCCAGCUCCCAUGUUUCUCGACCGGAACUUCAAGCGGCUGGCCAAAGUCCGCAAUUACUUACCUCCAUUUGGAUUCAAAACACAAGAAAGAAUAAUAGACAGUAUUCUAACUGCCACAAAAAACUAUGGCUUGGGUGAAGACCUUGACAGUCUAGGUUGUAAAAGAUGCAUUAUCGUGGGCAAUGGUGGUAUCUUGGCCAACAAGUCUUUGGGCUCGCGCAUAGAUGAUUACGACGUUGUGGUGAGGUUGAACGAGGCUCCGGUGACUGGUUUCGGCAAGGACGUGGGCACCAAGACCACCAUGCGUAUCACCUACCCCGAGGGGGCCAUCCAGAAGCCUGAGCGUUACGAGAAGGACUCGCUAUUCGUUUUCUCCGCCUUCAAACCGCUGGACUUCAAGUGGCUCAGACAAAUGGUCUUCAAAGAGAAACUGAGUCUAUUGAAGAGAGAAGAUUUAGAGAUUGAGUCAGAGGCUGGACGGAGGGAAGAGGCCAGGAAAGUUAGUGAAGGAAAGAGUGAGCGGGGUACAGAGGGCUUCUGGAAGUCUGUUGCACACUACGUCCCCAGGGAGCCCACAGAGAUGCGCAUCCUUAACCCCUACUUCAUCCAGGAGGCUGCCUUCCAGUUCAUCGGCCUGCCGCUCAAUAAUGGACUCAUGGGCAAAGGGAAUAUUCCAACCCUGGGGACGGUCGCCAUAACGAUGGCGCUGCAUAACUGUGAUGAGGUGGUGGUGGCCGGCUUCGGUUAUGACAUGAACACGCCUCACGCACCCUUGCACUACUACGAGACGGUCAAAAUGUCCGCCAUCAAAGAGUCCUGGACACACAACAUAUCCAAGGAAAAGGAGUUCCUCCGCAAGCUGGUGAAGGCCAACAUCAUCACGGACCUGACUAACGGGAUAUGAGUCUGACCGUCCAAGAGGUUUGCCUUUUCCCAAAGGAACUACAGAACAGAGGAUGCUGGGAAUUAACCUGGGUGGUGGGGGGGAGAGGACCCUUAGAACCCGGACCCUGGUGGUCUGCACACUGCCUGAGUUUUUAUAUAGAGGAGAUUUAAGCGGACGGCUCGGUGGAAAGGCGCACAUAUGUGCCUUCUGACCUAGAGGCUCCUGUCUGACACAGCCAGGAGGGACGGACAUGGAUCGAACGUCAGUCAGCAGACAAUCAGACAACCGCCUUUACCAUUUUAAAACCGGCGAGCAUCGCGUGAACGCACGAGUGGUAUGGAAGAGGAGGAUGACACGGAUGGCAGAGUACGGAAGGUCUGACUGACAGACUGCAGGAGAGACAGACAGAGGGACAGAUAGUUACAGCAGUGCCAAAUGUACCUCGUUACAAAGGGGGGAGGAGACUACGUCUCCCUCUACUGCCUGAAUGUAUUUACUUUAACAGUGUAAAUGUCAAAGAUUUUUACUGUGCUUUUUAACAAACUGCAGCGACUCCCACCCCAUCCCCAGUUCUCUCGGUACGUUCUUCACCGGCGAGACUCCCUCCGUCCAGGCCUGGCGGAAAGGCCUUUUUUUUAAACCUCUAUCUCCCCCUUCUCGCUUCCAUAUCAGCAGGCCUU